AUGAAAGUUUUCACCAAAUUCCUCAAAGAGCCUGUGCCCAAUUCAAAUCUAUAUAUUGCGCAAAUGCCCCUCGACGACUUUCCGGACGCCCUCCAAAGGCAGGUCCCCAGACCUGACUUAAUCCUUAGCUGCUAUGGGAAGGUUAAACACGAAGGCAGCUCCUUGUGGAUGGGUCGCCCGCCUACGAUGACGCCGUUACAUCGUGAUCCAAGUGCAAAUAUGUUUGUCCAGCUGGCUGGCAAGAAAUUAGUGCGGCUCUUCCCACCGGACGUGGGAGAGAAAAUAUUUCAGACCGUCAAGUCGAGAAUUGGAACGGGAGGUGAUAUGAGCGGGAGGUUGAGAGGGAAAGAAAUGAUGCUUGGCAGAGAAAAAGAAGAAUUGGAGAAGGAAGUCUGGGGUCGUUAUAAUAGUGAAUUUGGUGGAGUUCAAGCAUCCCUUGACAGAGGCUCUGGUUUGUUCAUUCCCCAAGGUUGGUGGCACAGCGUAAAGGGUGUUGGAAACAGUGGAGUCAAUGCUUCGGUAAACUGGUGGUUCCGCUUUACUCCUAAAAAUACCCCUGGAGAUAACAGCUCAAAAAACGCCGUCGCUGGCCCUGACACAGCGCAAACGCAACCAGAACUAUACUUCAAAGGCUGGGAAGAGGUGCAGAACAGAGCGUGGAGACAAGACUACUUGUCGAAACGUGCAAAUUCUCUAAAGAUACGAGCUAGGAAUAUCCCUCUUCAGGUACGUAAUUUAUAA